GCUCUCCUCGGAAGACUGGUCAUUUUGAUGAAGCCGAGGUUAGUGACAUGUGACGUGCUUUACGAAUGCGUAUUCCAUGUUUUAAUGUAUCUACUAACGUCUUUCUAACUUUGCCAGUCCGGGCACCCCACUUGUAGAAUGAUUCAACGAUGCAAUGGCUUGUGGGUAAACAAACGUGCCGCGUCCCGUGACGCCUAAAAAAACAGCCCCGUGGUUUAGGUAAACAAAACAAAUGUAUGCAGCUUGUUCGACUGUGUUCAAAGUACACCUCUUGCUCGUUCCCGCGAAUAGUUCUGCAGAGUGCCGCUGGACCUGUCAACGUGCUGCCAGUAUGGACGGGGAGCCGCUUUCAUCCUUGUGUACUCCUGCUCUGGUGGUGGAUGUGGAGAAAGUGAAGAAAAAUGCCCAAAGUAUGAUUGAACGGUGCGAGAAGCUGGGAGUUCAGCUUCGCCCUCACAUGAAGACCCACAAAACUCUCGAGUGUGCUGACAUAAUGACAGGAGGUUCACGCCGGUGCAUUGUGGUUUCCACUCUGGCAGAGGCCUGUUUCUAUGCCGACCAUGGAUUUGAUGACAUCCUCUAUGCUUAUUCUCUUCCCUUCGAUAAGGUGGAGCGCUGUGCCGCCUUGUCCGAGCGCCUGGAGCUCUUCCAAGUUUUGCUGGACCAUCCCGAAGCUCUGGAGCAACUCAAAAAGCGACCCUUGAGAGAUGGUCGACCGUGGCGUGUGUGGUUGAAAUUGGACUGUGGCAACGGGAGAGCUGGCAUCCUUCAUUCAGCACCUGAAGCGCUCAGACUGGCGCAGGCUGUUGCUGGGACGCCGGGCGUCGCGCUAACAGGGGUGUACGCUCAUUGUGGGAACACCUACAGCUGCACAGGAGUACAGGAAAUUCAGGCUGUUGCGAAGGAAACCACCAACUUCACUCUUCAGUUCAUGGAAAAAUUGAAGGCUGUUGGCAUAACCUGCAAAUCAAGCAUUGGCUCCACCCCCUCCUGUAGUCACCCGGUGCAAGACAUGGCGCAGCUCAGCGAGGUCCACCCAGGAAACUACGUCUUCUAUGACGUGCAGCAGUCUUUGAUUGGCUCGUGCAGUUUGCAAGAGGUGGCGGUGCGCGUUUUGACAAGAGUCAUUGGGCACUGUCCCCACAGGAACCAGCUGUUGAUUGACUGUGGAUGGACUGGUUUAAGUUUGGAUGGGGCUGGCAAACUUCCAACCGGAUACGCUAUGAUUGAAGGACAUCCGAACCUAAAGCUACUGUCUAUGACCCAGGAGCAUGGGAGAGUGGAGCCCAUCGUGGGGAAGAUGGAUUAUAGCAAGUACCCUCUGGGCUCUCUGCUCACACUGAUUCCAUACCAUUCAUGUGCCACAGCUAUGAUGCAUCCUGUCUAUCAUGUGCACAGUCAGGGCGUUCUUCUGGGCAAGUGGACACCAACACGUGGAUGAAACAGUUUUCCGCCAUAACGAGACAAAACACGCUUCCAAGAUGACAAGUGCCUUGCUGAGGAAGCUGAAGGUGAACGUGAUGGAGUAGCUAAGCAUAUCCUCAGAUCUAAACCAACUGAGAACCUCUGGGGGAUCCAAAAGCCGAAUGUGACGCAGGCAAAGUGUCACCACCAGUGAUGUCGUCAUCAUCAAGUCCGUAUCCAAGAGGAUUAAGGCAGUGUCAGAUACUGUAACAAUGCUGCUCACAGAAAAUAUUGACACUUAGGACAAAAAUUUGGACAUGUUCACUUUUGUUUGGUUGCUGUUUAAACAAUAAAUGUGUUGAGUUUUUGUUGGGCAACAAUACAGUAUAUAUAAACAGCUUGUCAAAUACCUCUCUAAACUAAGUUUGCAUUACAUGUAAGGCUGUUGUACCGCAACACAAUUGUGAUGUUUUUAAUGCACAGCGUUCAGAGAUGUACAUUUCCACUGAUCAGUCCAUAGUGGUAGAAAU